GAGCAGUCCAAUGCGCGCGCACACGUGCUGAGGAGCCUCUCUCCACUUCGAAUUACAGAGAUUCCGACGGCGUCGUUUAGCCGCGCUUUCUUUUCGACCAACAUGAUGUCCGACGAUCCAGAGGGCGAACGGCCCACAAGCUGGGUGCCGACCAUCGUGGCCAGUGGCGACACAACGGCAUACGACACAUCCGACUCGCUCGUCUUCUAUCUGACCCGCCUCCUGACGCCAGUGCAGGACGCAGAGAUUCGCAAGCGAAUCGAGGAGCCGGUCGAGUACUAUGAGAAGCGGGUGUGGUACUAUCCCUGGGCGGAGGAACAGGACGGCACGCUGGCAGACGUCGAGCGGAUCGCCUACGAAGCAAGUGUAGAACACAGGCCGAAGAAGAACCACUGCCUCUUUUUUGUCGACCGACAGGCAGCACAGGACGGGACUGUGCUCAUCGUUGAGUGCGUGGCAGACCCUGAGACCGACGGCUUACCAAAGGGCAGCAUCGUGACGCGAGGUCGAAUAGCGGCAAAGCAAGCCCCUGUCGCGGUAGUCAACUCGGACCUGGGCAAUAUGGAGCUCGUUGAGUUCCUCCGUGGCGACGACCCAGAGUACCGCGCUGCGCUGCACUUCCACCACGAGACUCCAAGCGAUGAGGAGGAAGAGACACUGUAACAGAUGUUUGAACAGAGGCCUCGGCUCAACUUUGAUCUGAACUCUGUCGUGCAAUGCUCUGCGGUCGCCAUGAGGUUUACUCAUGCACGUCGAUUCCACAAGGUCGGCUGCAGAUAUUCAAUAUUGGUUCCUGCGGUACCUGCAUCGAAA